AUGAAGGCACUCCGCGGCAUUGAGGCCUACGAUCUUGCCCACCACAAGAAUAUCAGCGCCAAAGCCUACCAACUCAUCAAACGACUGUGCCGACUGAAUCCCACUGAACGUCUGGGCAUGGGACGUUUGGGUAUUCAGGAGAUCCGGAAUCAAAAGUACGCUGUGUUCUCUGUUUCUCUCGCCACGUUUUUUUCUUCAACUUCCCUUUAUUCUUCCAAAAUUAUGUUUUGGAUCCAUACUUGA